UAUUUUUAUUCUGUCUGGUUACGGUAUGUGAGAAAGACUUGUACGGGAAGGGAAGAAGAAACCUUAGACGUGAGGGGGCGAUUGAAAGACUAGUGUUGUCAGGUGACACAGAACGUUUGAAGACUUGCAACGUUUUCUCAAACUCCGGCUUUUCCGCUGGCUCUGAAAACCCUUCUCUAGCGGCUAUCGUUGCUUCGACCUGUUACAGGAUGUCUGGACAGAGCAUUACAGACAGGAUAACCGCCGCACAGCACAGUGUCACCGGCUCGGCGAUAACCAAAACGGUGUGCAAGGCGACCACUCAUGAAAUAAUGGGACCAAAAAAGAAACACUUGGAUUACUUAAUUCAGUGCACGAAUGAGAUGAAUGUGAACAUCCCUCAGCUGGCUGACACACUGUUUGAGAGGACCGCCAACACCAGCUGGGUGGUUGUCUUCAAGUCCCUCACCACCACACACCAUCUGAUGGUCUAUGGCAAUGAGAGGUUUAUACAGUAUCUGGCUUCAAGGAACACACUAUUCAACCUCAGCAAUUUUUUGGACAAAAGCGGCUUACAAGGCUACGACAUGUCAACGUUCAUAAGGAGGUAUAGCCGCUACCUGAAUGAGAAGGCGGUGUCCUACAGACAAGUCGCUUUUGACUUUACUAAAGUGAAAAGAGGGUCUGAUGGAUUGAUGAGAACCAUGAACACUGAAAAGCUCCUCAAGACCAUCCCUAUUAUCCAAAAUCAGAUGGAUGUGUUACUUGAUUUCAACGUCAAUGCCAAUGAACUGACAAAUGGUGUUAUCAAUGCAGCCUUCAUGCUUCUGUUCAAAGAUGCCAUCCGGCUGUUUGCAGCCUACAAUGAAGGCAUAAUCAAUCUCCUGGAGAAGUACUUUGACAUGAAGAAAGUGCAGUGCAAGGAUGGACUGGACAUCUACAAGAAAUUCCUUACACGAAUGACAAGAAUCUCAGAGUUCCUCAAAGUCGCAGAGCAAGUGGGGAUUGAUCGAGGUGACAUCCCAGAUCUGUCUCAGUUUACAGUGUGUGCCCCCAGCAGCCUGCUAGACGCCCUGGAACAACACUUGGCCUCUUUAGAGGGAAAGAAAGUCAAAGACUCGACAGCAGCCAGCAGGGCCAGCACCCUCUCCAAUGCAGUAUCUUCUCUGGCCAACACCGGCAUAUCUUUCACCAAAGUGGACGAGAGGGAAAAACAGGCAGCGCUGGAGGAAGAGCAGGCUCGUCUAAAAGCACUCAAGGAGCAGCGUGUUAUGGAGCUCCAGAAGAAUCCUGCUCUAGCGACUACAGACUCCUCCCCAGUCUCCAUAGUGGGUGGAACCAUUAACUCAACUCCUGCCAUUGACCUCUUCUCCACACCGAGCUCUACCAACAGUGCAUCCAAAGCAGCCAAUGACCUUUUGGACCUGCAGCCAGCUUUCCAGCAGCCGCUGCCUCUCUCCACUGCCAACUCAUGGGGAGAUCCUUUCACCUAUGCUGCAGAAGCUGUGGAGGAAUCCACUCCAAUCUCAAACCCUUUCAUCACACCACCACCUGUUGUCGAUGCUGUCCAGCUGUCCGUGGCGUCCUCGGACGCUAACGGUCUGUCCUCUAGGACACCGAGCCACGAAGUGUUCGACUCCUUCUGUGGGCCAAGCCCUUACACCACCCUCUUCCAAUCAGAGCCCCCUGCUGUAGCUGGUCUAUUCAGAGCAGGGUUCACGGCCUCCCCCACGCAGCAGCAGCCACCACAGGACUCUCGGGGCCUUAACGUCGAUUUUGACUCCGUAUUUGGCAACAACACUAAUGCCAACAACCUGGAUUCCACAGAUGUUUUAGGUGGCAUCCUUAAACCUACAGUGGCAUCCUCACCCAAUCAGUGCAUGACCCUGAACGGUCAGCAGGCCAACAAACUUGUGUCCAAUGACCUGGACUCUUCACUGGCCAAUCUGGUCGGCAAUCUGGGGAUUGGCAACGGCACAGCAAAGAAUGAUCUUCACUGGAGUCAGCCGGGUGAGAAGAAGCUGACGGGUGGAAACAACUGGCAGCCCAAGACGGCACCUUCCACCACCUGGAACCCCGCAACUAUGGCUCCAUCUGUCAUGGCCUUCCCUGCAACCACACCCACAGGCAUGAUGACAUAUGGAAUGCCUCCCCACAUGGGCUCCAUGAUGAUGACUCAGCCCACUGUGAUGUACACUCAGCCUGUGAUGAGGCCACCCAACCCCUUUGGCCCCAAUCCAGGCGCACAGAUGCAGUUCAUGUAACGUGGCGCAGAGAAGCGGAGAAGGGAGUCUUUCCCGUCUGAAGAGGAUUCACAACAAAGUCGACAAUCGGCACAGACCCUGCGGUUUGCUUGUCACGAACUUUAACCUCUCCGAGAACGAAAGGCCCCGAAAUUGAGACUUUUUGAAUGAAAUUAACGGUGACUCAGAGCAGCUCUGGCCAUCUCAGUGGACAUAGUGCCCAUCCAGUCAUGUCUAAGUCAUAGCAGCAGAAGAAGAAGAUGACGAUGAAGAAGGAGAUUAUGUAUGUACAGUUUUCUGCCAUUCACGUCAUGUGGAUGGGGACCAGCCCCCACUGUAUCCUGGCCUAUGAAAGAUUUCUGACAUUAAUGCUUGUGUAUAUGGAGGAAAAAAAGAAGAAAAAAAAGUGGGUUGUCUCACUCUCACUCACUCACUCACACACACACACACACACACACACACACACACCACUUUUUGAGUUGUCUUUCGUUGGUGCUCUUCUCUCCAGGUGAGUCCGAGAGAGACAGACAGACAGAGAGAGAGAGAGAGUCACCUCCCGAUCCAUGAUUUCCUUUCUUAAAGUCACCCUCAAAAUCAAAGGCAACGAUUAUAAACUCCAACUUUAUACCACGCAUUUUGGGUUUUUCUUUUUUAUGUUAUUGUUUGCAGUAGACAUUCCUUGUGUAUUGUUUGUAUUUAUUUAUGAUUACCUAUAGAGAGGAUGACAUUAUUAUUAUUAUUAUUAUUAUUAUCAUUAUUACAGAAAAUAAGUAAAUGAAUAAAUAAAAAAUGUAAAUGUAACUAGUCACAGACUUCCCCCCUCACGUGGAAGCUCUUCAGGUUUAUUCAUGGGUAUGAUUGAUGGUAGAAUUUGGAUUUUUUUUUGAGUGAUUGAGAAUAUUUUUAAAAGAACAAAAAAAAAAAGAAGAAGAAAGUUAAUAUAAAGUUUAAAGAGAUGACACGUUUUGCUGCUGGGGCACUAAAUAUUAUCUGUACUCUGCAUGAUGCCUUGUACAGUUGUGGGCGUACGACUUGAAGGAGUCACACCGAGGAUUGUGUAAUUAUUCAGUAUCGUCGUCAAAAUUUACAUUUAAAAAAAUCCAUGAGGUUGUUUUUUCUAUGUAUUUGGCAAAAACAAAAGAGGGAUUUUUUUUCACAUCAGCAAAAGCACUACACACUCUCUGACUGAGGCGACGUCCCCGUUUGGAAAAGAAUCGCCAUUUCUGCUUCUCGAUGCUUUCUGGCAUGCCAUUCGUUUAUUCUUCCCAACCUCGAUGUGCAGGGUCAUUUUAAUGCUUGGCUCAUGUUUUCGCAGGGUGUUCGGGACACUGGGGGUGGGGGUGGAGGGAGGGAGUGAGGGAGUGUUCAUGUGUAAGUAACAGGCAAGGUGUGUGGGCGGAGCCUGUGAGGUCUAGCCGGGGCAGGAGAAUGGAGCACUGUUGACCGGUGCUUUGUGUACAUAAAACUGAUCCUGCCCGUCACAGGGAAGGGGGGCAGCUGUAGCUGUGAAAGAUGACCUGAACAUGAAAGUGCCCCUUAAUCCAUGAACUGAGCAUAAUUGUUGCAUCGUCCCUUCAGAUUAUAUUUUUUUUGUUUUGAUUUUUUUUUUUUUUCCAAUAAAGUGCAAGCUUCCACACUUA